AUGGUUUAUACUACUGUCCUCGCGGCCCUGUCUUUGCUGGCCUUGACGGCAGAUGCAGCGCCCCACACGGGAUCCUCCGUCAGUCAUCUGGCUAGACAUACUCUUCAGAACCGGGACGUGGAUCUGAAAGUCACCACCUGGAAGCCCACUGCCUUCACUCAGCCACGGACCCCUGCCAAGUCGCCGCAUGUUAUGAGCCUGAAGAAGCUCGCAACCAACCAUGCCAACACACGUAGUGCAGCUUAUCUCAAGGGCUUGACUGGCAGAUGGCUUGGCUAUGGAGAAGACCAGUUGAUAUCUCUAAUCGAAGGCCAGGAAUAUGCCACUUCCAUUAUGUUUGGUACCCAGUCCUUCGAUGUGAUUGUCGACACUGGAUCCAGUGAUACAUGGGUGGUCAAGGAGGGUUUCGAGUGUAUCAAUCUGGCCACAGGCAAGAAGACGACUGAGGCUGAGUGUAAGUUUGGUUCAACAUACUCAGUCGACUGGGGUUUCGAGAAGAUCCCUGGGGAGUUCUUUAAUAUUACGUACGGUGAUGGCGAGUAUCUGCACGGAUACAUGGGUACCGAGAUUAUAACCCUAGCCAACGUCAUGGUCGAGACGGAGGUUGCCGUUGUCACCGGGGCUGCUUGGGAGGGAGAUGGAACCACGUCUGGAUUGACCGGUCUGGCCUUCCCAGCCUUGACAAGCGCAUAUUCCUCGAAGACCGACAAGCAGAAGGAAUACAACCCUAUCUUCACCACCAUGUACGAAGAAGGCCUGGUCGAGCCAUACUUCAGCCUGGCUAUUCUUCGUGACACGUCCGGCGAGGCGGGCUAUCUGACCCUCGGUGGCUUGCCCCCUAUCGACUUCACCGAGACCUGGACUACAACCGAUAUCUUGAUCACUUCCAUCACGGGAUAUCCAGCCACCUAUGAUUUCUAUACCAUCAACAUCGACGGUGUCACCUUGAAUGGCGAGACUAUUUCUGGCGCGGGAGGUGACAUUCAGUACAUUAUCGACUCCGGUACAACCCUCAACUACUAUCCCACCUCCGUUGCCAAUGCGGUCAACGCCGCCUUUGACCCCCCGGCCGUCUACAACACCACUCAGGGAGCCUACGUUGUCGACUGCAAUGCCAAACCCCCGGCGCACGCCAUCACUAUCGCUGGCACCACCUUCACCAUCAAUCCGCUGGAUAUGAUCCUGAACGGUGGCACCGACGCAAAUGGCAAAACAUUCUGCAUCUCGGGUAUUGAUGAUGGCGGUAACGAUCCCUCUGCAGAUCUCUAUAUCCUUGGUGAUACAUUCCAGAAAAAUGUGGUGACGGUGUUUGAUGUCGGCGCUGCUCAGUUGAUGUUUGCGCCUCAUGAGGACUAUACUUCUAAUGAUACCUACUAG